GCAGUCAAUGAAUACUUGGAGAAGUUGACUAUUUGGAGGCACAAACUAAACUACAGCAUACUACUCCACAAAACUCUGGAAGCGCGUCAUUGAUCGCCUGCUGGAAUGGCUCCAUUACUGAGCUGGUCAUGUAGACCGCUGCUUCUACUGCCUCUUAUUGGAAUAUGUUUCACAAAAUUCGCAAGAGCAGAUGGAGUCAGGUCUGAACUCCACAUAUUCCAUCACUCCUGUGCCCUGAAGAAAGACGAAGGGCCAUGCAAGGCAAUAAAGGAAAGGUUCUACUUUGACACUGAAGCAGGUCGCUGUGAACUCUUUGAAUAUGGAGGCUGCCAAGGCAAUGAGAACAAUUUUGAGACCCUGCAGGAGUGUGAGGAAAUGUGUCUUGUAAAAGCGGAAAAGAGUCCAUGCCAUCUGGAGGAUGAGCCGGGGCCGUGUCGAGGAAUGGUGCCUCGUUAUUAUUUUGAUUACAAGAGCCAGGAAUGCAAGCGAUUCUUUUAUGGUGGCUGCUUUGGGAAUGACAACAACUUCAGGACUAUAAAAGAAUGCAACGAGAGAUGUCUACCUGCCUCAAACCACAUGAAAAAAAAUGCUCUAUUAAAGCCAGUGGAAGAAGAAGCCAAACCCAAAACAGAACCCGAUAUCAAACAUGUUGAAGCUCCAUUGAAUGCAUCACAUAUGCCACUGCAGAAAAUGUCCCAACCAUCUGCAGAGGAAGCAGCUGCCUCAAACAACAUGGAACAAAAUGCUCCAUUAAAACCAGAGGAAGAAGCCAAACCCAAGACAGAACCUCUCACCAAACAUGAGUUCAAUCUCCCAGAAUUCUGCUUAAGUCCAAUUGAUAGGGGCGAUUGUGAUGACUCUAUAAGGAGAUACAUUUACAACCACAGGAUUAAGAGAUGCCAGGCGUUUCGUUACAGUGGCUGUGGAGGCAACAAAAACAACUUUGUACACAAGAGACACUGCAUGAAAAUGUGCAUGAAAGAUCACAGCCGGAUAAAGCAAAUACGGAUAAAGACGAAGAACACAAAUAUCUUGUUCCGAUCUGUCUAGGAGGACAUAUACAGUAUUUUUGAUGAUACCAAAUCCUAAACCACUCUUUAGAGAGGAAAAAAGAGAAAAUAAGAAACAGCAGCAUAUAGUACCUCUCUGACCCACAAACUGUUCUUAUGUAUAUAGUUAUCACAGUUUAUGGAUUUAAAUCUGGGCUUCAUAUAUAAAGUAUUUUUAAUGUAAAACAUAAUCUUACACUUUAUAUUGUUUUAUGGGGACGAAAUGACAAGUAUAUGUACUAAAUACUCAUUAUAUUUCA